UGAAUCCUUUACCUUGAAGCUUGCCAUAGGCAUGGGACAGGGUGUCAGUGUUGAAGCCGACCCUUUGGGCCUCAAGGAGCUGCUAGGUGCUCCCAGCGGGGCCAGCCAUGAGCCUGGCUCCUUAGACUUGGGCCACGCGCAUCAUGUGAAGGCUUGGCGCUUUGAGACCCGCGGCAAAAGCAUCGUGGAGGCGCCGGUGUCCCUGUGUGACAGCGCCGGAGUCUUCUGCGCACAGCUGCAUAGGAGUUCCAGUUAUGUGAUCCUACACAUCCAGGGAACUGGCACUCGUGCAGUGACGCUGCCUCCUAGCAACGCUGCUGCCAUCAACGAAUUCGCAGCGGCCGCGGGUGCUACAUGCACCCCCCGCGGACUUGCUGCGCCGGAGAUUCGCUGGAGCGACUUUCAGCCCUGGCCUGGCAUCCGCUAUUCAAUUUUCGUUUGGCAUGGCCGCAGCACCGAGCCUUUGUUCCGGGCCAGCGUGCUGAGCAAAGCCUACGAGCUGGACAGUCUUCUCCGCAAGACGCUUCCGUGGCAGAGAGACUUUAUCGAGUCUUUCAGGAGGUCUACACUCAUAAAAGGAUGUCAGGACGUGAAAGCGAAUGAGAGCUCAACCCAGGCUGAGGAUUCUGCACGCAAUGGCCUACUGGCCAACCUGACAGCAGAUGCUCCGGAAAAGCAUGCCAGACUCUGGCCCCGCCUUGGCCGAGCCAUUCGGAAAGACUUGGGGACUCCAGCAGCCCCGCCGAAUGGUUUCAGCAAGGAGGUCAGUGCACAUCCCGGGAAGCCAGGUGUGCCCCAGCUUACGGGAGGAGGUGGCCCACCAGCGGUGCCGAGCCUCGCCACUCCGGUGCCGGCAGGCCGACCAGUCGUGCCGCGCCUUGCACUGGGCUCACUGGGCGCAGCCGCCAGGCCAGCGGCCACUGCAGCCACGGCUACUACAUCGCCCACUGCUACCAGUGGGAGCAGUGUCACGUCUUCCGAGGGCAUGGAGGUAGACGAGGUCGACAGCAGCAGCAGCCGCAAGCGCCAGCGCGGGGAUGAGGCCGAUGAAUCAAACCAGCGGACGCCGCAAACGGCAAGACCGAGUUCGAACCUGCCAAGUUUGAAUUUAGCCGCAGCACCCCGCACAGCCAGAGAUGGAGUUCCUCAAGUUCCGCAGCUGGCGAUUCCUGGGAAGUCAGGACAGUCGCCGAAGUCUGCCAGAAGUGAUGGUGCCUCUAAGUUUCCUGCGCCGGCCAACGGCCUCCGCUCUGAGGCGCCUGCCUUGAACCUCGAGGAUAUCCACACGCCCGAGGACGAGCUAAGCUACGACCCGGAGAACGAGGAGAACAAUUAUCAUUUGCCUGACCACCUCCAACGGCGGCUCCAGCUGAAGCACUGGCGUCAGGUCUGCUCGGAGGUUGUGCCAAAGUCCUUGUACAUCUCCAGCUACCAGGUGGCGUGCGAUGAGGAUGCUCUUCGUUAUUGCGGUAUCACGCAUAUCGUCAACACAGCUGCAGAUAUUUGCGACAACUGCUUUCCCGAGAAGUUCACUUACUUGACGUACUACCUCAAGGAUGUGAAUAGCGAAGACAUCUCAGUGCUGCUCUACAGGACUUUGGAGUGGAUAAACGAGGCGAUUACAAGAGGUGGCCGCGUCCUGGUGCACUGCCGCGAAGGUGUCAGCAGGUCAGCAACCAUUGUCAUCGCGUACCUGAUGUGGAAGUUCAGCCUGUCCUUCGAAGCGGCGCAUGAGCGGAUUCGCCAGCAAAGACCAAUCUGCAAUCCCAACACAGGCUUCACCUGCCAACUGCUGCAGCUUCAUAAGAGGUUGGCAAGUCAGGCGGCACCUAUGUCAGAUAGGGCUUCCUUAUUCCGGGUGGCGCCGUACCACCAGAAGGAGCCAUUCCUGCUCUUGGUCCCGGCAGAACGCCAGUCUGGCCGAUCCAAAUUCGAUCCAAGAUUUGGAUGGGUGGCACAGUCGGGCCAGCAGUUCGCGUUAUGGAUGGGUUCGCAGGUGCCGGACGCAGACGCUGUUCAAGAAGCGGUGCAAGCUCACAUACGGCGAGUCGACUUCUUCGAGCGAUGCCAGUGCAGUCUACUGGUUGUCCAGGAGGGAGAAGAGGUGCCACAGCUUUGGCAAGUCCUUGGCGAGACACCACCUGCUGACCGAUUAUUUGUGGCCCUUCGGCCGGAAUUCGAUCCAGAUUAUGAUCUCAUGGCCGCCUCCAGAAGUGGACCAGGUUCAGAUGGCCACCGACGGCAGGGGUUGGAGGACAUAGGCUAAGGACGAGUUCCACCCUCCCUGCCGCAAUAGCAGCAUCUUCGCAUGCAGUGAAACAGCGCAGCAAUUGCCUGUCUGGACAAAUUGGUGGUACCCAAAAGUUGGCUUUCCUUUUGGUUUGCCUUGAAAGCAACCCCAAAAAGAGUACCCUAAAACAAACACGGAUGUAUACAUGCGAGGUUGGAGCUCAACACCAGACUGGCGCUGUGCUCCUGUGCUCUGCCUGAUUGAAACAAGGGAUUCAGCCACUGUAUCAUAGAUCUGCCGAUCGCCGCGAGCUGUUGCUGAAAAGGAGCUGUGAAUGUUGCAGAAGCACACUUCUAGAGGUCUGUUGGCGUAGAGCAACGCGA